ACUUAUUUCAAAUUGUGGGAGGUUCGUGUUGUAAGAUUAGACUCGUUGCCCCAAAAAUUGAUUUUAAAACGUUAAAAGUGAUCAGAACUUAAACAGACUUCAAAUUUCAUAAAGUAUUUUUAAUCUUAUCCAAAUAUAUACUUUUAUCACAGUAUAAGGAUAUAAUAAAAGUAAAAAUUCCAGGUAGUAAGUACACAUAAAGCAUUGAGCUUGAACGCGUUAGUCCUCGUUUAACUUAUAAGUUACAAGACUGCUACAAAAAGAUCAACCCUCGGUAGAAAUAAGAAAUAAACCAAGUUAUUACUGAAGAUACUGCAGCCAGCGUGAAUAACAAAACAUGAGCAGUACAAGUCAUGGAUUUUCGUUUGGAUUACAGCCUCAAACUCAACAGCCUGUUGGAGGUUUCACUGGCAUUAGUACCACUACAAGUCAACCCACAUCCAUUCCUCUUCUCUUCGGUUCACAAACAGGAAGUAAUGUUACAGGAACAAAUACCUUAAGUUUCUUUGGAAACAAAACAACAACGUCAGCACCGGUGCUGUUCAGUGGUCUUAGGAGCACGCAACCAGCAACAAGUGCCACAACAGGAGUCCCAGCUUUCAUGAGUUUACCAGCUUCAAGUACAUCCACAGGUCUUUCCACUGGAGUUGCAUUAG